CCUCGGGUUAGUGCUUUAAUACACAAACAUACAGGUAAAAUGAAGUCGGCCGGUCUCUACAAGCUUGCUUCGUUGGCAUUGAUCUGCUCCACUGCAUUGGCAUCUGCUUGCCGUCCUAAGCCAUACCGCCUGACCCCUGAUCCUGAGGGCCAAUAUCCUCGUCUCGGUGCCUGCCCUGACGAUCACAGCUGCAUUUUCCCACCCGAUUUAUCCCAGUUCUUGCCCGGCUCGUAUUUUGACCUGCGUGUCGAAUUGCAUGCUUAUGAUAAGAACACAUCCAACCCUGCUCCUGAGGCUUACUCCAAUUUCAAGACAAUUGUGCGCAAGGACGGUGGCAAAUGGGUCGAUGUGGAUGAUUUCUUUGACUAUGAGGAAACACCUGCUUUGGAAAACUGGGACUUUGAAUGGGUCGACUCAAUCAAGACUCUAAUUUCUGAGGACGCUAAGCCUGUGGAUGUCGCAGUGACCUCGCGUAUUUGGCGCAAGCUUAAGUUCGAUAAACCUGGUACUUAUGAUGUCUCGGUCCAGUAUGGGUCCGAAGAAGGCUACACUGUUCGCUAUACAGUCAUUGAGCCCAAGAAGCCCAAGAAGAAGGCAAAGAACGCCAUUCUUUUCAUUGCCGACGGUUGUAACGUUGGUAUGAUCACUGCUGCUCGUGCACUGGCUCGCCAGCACACGUCUGGAAAGUAUCACUCGCUUCUCUCUUUUGAGGAUUUCGACAACUUGGGCCACGUUAUUACCCACUCAAUCGACGGCUUGGUCACCGACUCUGCCAAUUCUGCUUCCUCGUAUGCUAGUGGUCACAAGGGUAGUGUCUCCGCGAUGGGUGUGUACGCCGACUCUUCAGCGGACCCACUUGAUGAUCCUAAGGUUGAAUUAAUCACUGAAUUAAUCCGUCGCCGCCAGCCCGGAAAAGCUGUCGGUGUUGUUUCGACUGCUGCUGGUCAAGAUGCCACUCCCGCUGCAUUCUACGCCCAUACACGUCUUCGAUUUAUGUCUGAUGUAAUCGUUGACCAAAUUAUCAACGGUUUGCCUAAUUGGGUUGAUGCCGUUGCUCCUGAUGUCUGGCUUGCCGGUGGCGCAGAGUACUUCAAGGGCGAAAGCGCUUUGAACGGCACCGACUACUACUCCUUGAUGGAGGACAAGUAUGGCUACCAGGUAGUCAUGAACAAGAAGGAUUUAAACAAGUAUCACGACGAUGACAAGCUUUUAGGUGUUUUCCGCACCGGUAACCUUGAUGCCUGGAUGGAACGCAACAUCUUUGUCAACAAUACUGUUGGUAACGGUGCUGCUCCUAACUUGAGCGGUAAUGAUGCUUUGGGCUCGGACCAACCUGGCUUAGAUGACAUGACUAUCAAGGCCCUGGAGGUCUUAAAGAAGCGAGGUGGCGAGGAUGGUUUCUUCUUGAUGUCGGAAGCUGCCUCUGUUGACAAGCAGCUCCAUCCUUUGGAUUUCUCGCGCGCCUGGGCUGAUUUGAUUGAAAUGGAUGUUACCAUUGGCAAGACUGUUGAAUGGCUUAAGAAAAAUGGUGAAUACGAAGAUACUUUAAUAUUAUUCACAAGUGAUCACUCGCACGCCUUUGAUGUCUAUGGCUCGGUCGAUCAAAAGUACAUGGCCGAUCACUCUUCUAACAAGGACAUGCGCAACUCUAUUGGUCUCAACUCUGCUGCGGGAUGGCCAGGCUAUUCCGAUAAUGAUAAUGAUGGCUUUCCGGAUAACUGGACUCCCAAGAUUACUUUGGCUGCUGCCACUAACAAUGGUCCGGAUCACUUUGAAUCUUUUGCCAUGGCCGACAGCCCUCGCACGCCUGCUGUGCCUAAUGAUGAUGGUGCUUAUGUUGCUAACAAGGAAGAUCCUGCUGGAAAAUAUGGCGCUGGAUUGCAUAUGGCCGGUAACCUUCCUGUUUCAAAUCCUCUCGGCAGCCACACCAUGGCUGAUGUUUUCAUUUACUCAAAUGGACCUGGCUCAGACUCAUUCAGAAACACCAUUGAAAACUGGGAAGUCUUUUAUGGCUUAACUGAGGCGCUGGACUUGCAAAGUCCUACUAAGCACGAGAAGUAGAAUCGCAACUAAAGAGGAUGGUUUGAUAGUAAAUUUAG